AUGGAUCCACUUAACGAUAUCCGCCGCAACACAUACAAGGAACGUAGUCGUUUCAAACCCGAAGAAAUCCGACGUCGACGCGAAAAUGCUCAAGUCGAGAUUCGUAAACAAAAGAAAGAAGAAAAUUUGGCUAAACGAAGAAACUUUAACGCUCAAGAACUCGCAGAAGAUUCAGACGAUGAUUUUGAUAUGGCUGCUCAAGAUGCACAGCUUAUGACCAACUUACCUAUCAUGGUCCAACAUAUCUAUAGCAAUGACCCUGAAUCACAACUAGCAGCUACAGCUCAGUUUAGAAAACUAUUGUCUAAAGAAAAGAACCCUCCUAUCAAAGAAGUGAUUCAUUGUGGUGUUGUGCCUCGUUUUGUUGAAUUUCUUCGAUCUGAAAAUAGUCAAAUUCAGUUUGAAGCUGCUUGGGCAUUAACCAAUAUUGCUUCUGGAUCUGCAGAUCAAACAGAGACUGUUAUUCAAGCAGGUGCUGUCCCUUUCUUUAUUGAGCUCUUAAGUAGUCCUGUCUUGGAUGUGAAAGAACAAGCUGUUUGGGCUCUUGGUAAUAUUGCAGGUGAUAGCCCUCAAUGUCGUGACUAUGUAUUGGAACAAGGUGCACUUCCUCCUUUACUAGCCAUCUUUGAAGAAAACUCAAAACUGUCCAUGGUGCGCAAUGCUACCUGGACAUUAUCUAACUUUUGUCGAGGCAAGAAUCCUCAACCUGACUGGCGAUUGAUUUCUCCUGCUUUAGGCAUUCUAUCCAAACUGAUUCACUCGACAGACGAAGAAGUCUUGAUCGACACUUGUUGGGCCAUUUCGUAUUUAUCGGAUGGUAACAAUGAACGCAUUCAAGCUGUGAUUGAAUCGGGUGUGGUCAGUCGCCUUGUCGACCUAUUAAGCCAUUCAGCCACGACUGUCCAAACACCCGCUUUACGUUCGGUGGGUAACAUUGUGACAGGUGAUGAUUCUCAAACCCAACUGGUCAUUAACUGUGGUGCUCUUUCUGCUCUCUUGAACUUGUUGGGUAGUGCCAAAGACACGAUUCGUAAAGAGACUUGUUGGACUCUCUCAAACAUCACAGCAGGCAACACGCAACAAAUCCAAGCGAUUAUUGACCAUGGACUUGUGGGUCCCUUGAUUCAGGUGUUGACACAUGGUGAUUUCAAGAGCAAGCGAGAAGCCUGUUGGGCUAUCUGCAAUGCUACCUCGGGCGGACUCAACAAGCCAGACCAAAUUAAGUAUUUAGUGGCUGAAGGAUGUAUUCGACCCUUGUGUCAAAUAUUGACCCUCAAGGACAAUAAGAUCUUGAUGGUUGCCUUGGAUGGUCUAGACAAUAUCCUCAAAGUAGGCGAAAUGGAAAAGAUGAAUACGAUGGAUGGCUUAAAUCCUUAUGGACUGUUGAUUGAGGAAUGUGGUGGUGUUGAAUUGAUUCAUGCCUUACAACACCAUGAAAAUAUCGACAUUUAUAAAAAGUCAUAUCAAUUGAUUGAUAAAUACUUUAGUGAAGAAGAUCCAGUUGAUGCUGAAAUCAUGCCUGAUGCUCAAGGUCAAUUUACGUUCCACCAAGAAGAAACACCUCAGGGUGGUUUUCACUUUUAA